GAUUCGUGAAAACUGAGCCAUGACGAGAAGAUGAGCACAUCCUCUCUCUGUCUCUGUUUCUGAUUCUGUAUAUACAUAGAGAAAGGGAGAGAGAGAAUUGAAUUGUGUUUGGGUGGGGACUGAGGACAGCAGCAUGGCUGGGAGAGAAGAAGGGGAAGAAGCAGAGAUUGAGCGGCUUCCAAUGGACCUGCUGGCUAAUAUAUUUGUUAUGCUCACUUCCUUCACUGAUUUGGCACAGGCGAGCAGUGUAUGCAGGAAAUGGAAGCAGGGAGUGAAGCAAUCUCUGGGAAGGAGAGAGAGUCUGAGUUUUGCCGGCUGGCAAAUGGAUGAUGACUCCAUUGCUCGUCUUCUUCGCCAUGCUUACGGCCUCAAGGAGCUUGACAUUUCAAGAAGCCGCUGGGGUUGCCAAGUAACAGACAAUGGACUGUACAAAAUAUCAUUGGCAAAGUGUGUCAACAAGCUGACUUCAAUAUCAUUAUGGGGUGUGACAGGGAUCACAGAUAGUGGGGUUGUUCAACUGAUUUCAAGAACUAUUUCCUUGCAACACCUGAAUAUUGGCGGUACAUUUAUAACCGACGAAUCCUUAUUUGCCAUUGCAGAGAGCUGCCCAUGUUUGAAGACGAUUGUGCUGUGGAGCUGCCGUCAUGUGACUGAGAAUGGACUCCUAGUUCUUGUAAGUAAAUGUCGGAAACUGCAGUCGAUCAAUGUAUGGGGCACAAGAGUUCCCGUAGACUGCUUUUUCGCUUUGCUUGCCAUCCGCCCGGCUCUUCAGAUCAAGCCUGGAAGACUUCUGCUCAACGUUGAAAGGGUUUCCAUGUGGCCUGUUCUCUAAGUUGCCAUUUAUACAUUUGCUUUCCCAAAUGUUUUCUGUACAUAUCUCUUUCAAGUUUCCAUCAUUGCAUUGUUAGCCCAAUAAACAAUGGGGUAUUAAAUUGAUUUUAAUUUAUAUAAAUUCCAUUAGUUUUUGUGUGCAA